GGGCACAACGGGCGCCCUCAGCGCGGGGAGCGGCGGCGGCGCUCGGCGGCAGGUUCCCGCGGCCGGCGAGGGCAGAUGGCGGCCGCGCUUCUCUUCUACCUGCUGCUCCUGCCGGGGCUGGCCGGCGCCUUCAACCUGGACACGGACAACGUGAUCAGCCGGCGCGGGGAGCCGGGCAGCCUCUUCGGCUUCUCCCUCGCCAUGCACCGGCAGCUGCAGCCGCAGGAGAAACGGCUAUUGCUGGUUGGAGCUCCUCGAGAAAAGGCCUUUCCAUCCCAGCAAGCCAACAGAACAGGAGGGCUGUACAGCUGUGACAUUGCAUCUCCAAAUACACGCUGCACACGUGUCAUAUUUGAUGAGGAGACUGACCCGAAGAUGGAGAGUAAAGAAGACCAAUGGAUGGGUGUAACUGUCCAAAGUCAAGGGCCAGGAGGAAAUGUGGUGACAUGUGCACAUCGCUAUGAGAAGAGGCAGUAUGUAAACACAGUGCAGGAAACCCGGGAUAUCAUUGGAAGGUGCUAUGUGCUGAGCCAGGAUCUCACUAUUAAGGAUGAUAUGGAUAACGGAGUAUGGAGUUUUUGUGAUGGUCGUUUAAGAGGCCAUGAGAAGUUUGGUUCCUGUCAGCAAGGUGUUGCCGCUACUUUUACUAGAGACUAUCAUUAUAUUGUGUUUGGUGCCCCAGGCACUUACAAUUGGAAAGGGGUGGUUCGUGCAGAGCAAAAGAAUCAGACAUUUUAUGAUCUGGGUAUCUUUGAUGAUGGGCCUUACGAAGUUGGUGAUGAGAGCCGCCAAGAUAAGAAUCUAGUUCCUGUUCCAGCUAACAGUUACUUAGGUCUUCUGUUUUUGACAGCUGUAUCUGAUACUCAUCCAGAUCAGUUUGUAUACAAAACAUUGCCUCCCGGCAUGCAGGUGGACAGAUCGGUGGAUGUAAUGAUGAAUAGCUACUUAGGUUUCUCUUUGGACUCUGGUAAGGGAAUUGUCUCCCAAGAUGAGAUGACUUUUGUCUCUGGUGCCCCAAGAGCCAACCACAGCGGAGCAGUUGUUUUACUGAAAAAAGAGAAGAAUCAGAGAGCGCUGUCCCUUGAGCACAUGUUUGAAGGAGAAGGGCUGGCCUCUUCUUUUGGCUAUGACGUUGCAGUUGUGGAUCUUAACAGUGACGGAUGGCAAGACAUUGUUGUUGGAGCCCCGCAGUAUUUUGACAGAAGUGGAGAUAUUGGUGGUGCUGUGUACGUCUACAUUAACCAGCAAGGCAAAUGGGAAGGAGUAAAACCUGUUCGCUUAAACGGAACCACUGACUCCAUGUUUGGUCUUGCAGUUGAAAAUGUUGGGGACGUUAAUCAGGAUGGAUAUCCAGAUAUUGCCGUGGGGGCUCCAUAUGAUGGUUUUGGCAAAGUAUACAUUUAUCAUGGAUCCAAGAAUGGAAUAAAUACAAAACCAGCACAGAUUCUUGAUGGUGAAAAAACAGGUACCGAUUUCUUUGGUUAUUCUAUUGCUGGAAACAUGGACCUGGAUAAAAAUUCCUACCCCGAUAUUGCUGUUGGUUCCCUUUCAGAUUCUGUAUCUGUGUUCAGAUCUCGGCCUGUGAUAAGCAUCAGAAAAAGCAUUACAGUACAGCCUGACAAAAUUGAUCUAAAGAAAAAGAACCCUGAGGACCCUAGUGAAAUAUGGAUGGAUGUUAAAGCAUGUUUUCAAUAUACUGCAAACCCCAGUGACUUAAAUCCAAGAAUAAGGAUCAACUAUACUUUUGAAGCAGAAAAUGAGAGGAGGCAGUUAGGCCUGCCGUCUAGGGUGCGGUUUAAAGACCACCUGUCUGAUCAGUUUACUGCAAGUACGACCCUAAGAGGGCAGAACUCAAAAGAGUGUGUGACAACCAAGCUUGUACUGCAGGAAAAAAUCAAAGAUAAGCUACGCCCCAUUCCAAUAUCAGUCAGUGUUAAAAUUGCUGGCCUGGAGUCUAGCUCACUGUCCACAAGAAAAGAGAGAGCACUUCCGGAUCUUAUACCAAUUCUAAAUUCAAAUGAAUCUGAAACAAAGACCACAAAAGUGGAGUUCUUAAAAGAAGGAUGUGGAGAAGACAACGAAUGUCACAGCAAUCUGAAACUUCAGUACCGGUUUUGCACUAGAGAAGGAAACGAAGACAGGUUUACUUAUUUACCAAUUGAAAAUGGCAUGCCAGUGCUUGUUCUGAAAGAUCAGAAAGAUAUUGCCCUGGAAAUAACAGUGACAAACAACCCAUCUGAUGCCAGAAAUCCACAAAAAGAUGGUGAAGAUGCAUAUGAAGCUAAACUAAUUGCAACUUUUCCAGACAGUCUGACGUAUUCUGCAUUCAGGGAGAUGAGGGGUUAUCCUGAAAAACAGUUAACAUGUGGUGCUAACCAAAAUGGUUCUCAAGCCGAGUGUGAACUUGGAAAUCCUUUCAAAAGAAACUCCAACGUAACCUUUUAUUUGAUCUUAAGUACCACUAAAGUUAAUGUUGAUACGACCGACUUGGACAUUAAUCUGAAGUUGGAAACAACAAGCACUCAAGUUAAUUCGACUCCAAUUACAGCUAGUGCUAAAGUGGUUCUUGAAUUGCUUUUGUCACUCACUGGAGUUGCUAAGCCUUCUCAGGUAUAUUUUGGAGGUAACAUCGUUGGUGAGAGUGCUAUGAAAUCUGAAGAUAAUAUUGGAAACCUCAUAGAGUAUGAAUUCAGAGUGACUAACUUGGGCAGACCACUGAAAACAUUUGGUACCGCUUCCCUGGAUAUCCAGUGGCCGAAAGAAAUCAGUAAUGGCAAAUGGCUGCUUUAUUUGAUGAAAAUAGAUUCCAAAGGCUUAGAACAAGUCUCCUGUCAACCUGAGAAUGAAAUCAAUAGUUUGCAUGUUGUGGAAUCCCGUAACUCAAGAAGGAAACGUGAGGUUGCAGAGAAGCAGAUUACAGACAGCAAGACAUUUUCUUUAUUCUCAGAAAGAAAAUACAAGACCUUGGACUGCAAUGUGAAUGCGCGCUGUGUGGACAUAAAAUGUCCCCUGAAGGGUUUAGACAGCAAGGCAUCCAUUGUGCUGCGUUCCAGGCUGUGGAACAGCACUUUCUUAGAAGAAUACUCCAAAAUGAACUACCUGGACAUUCUUGUUAGGGCUUCAAUCAGUGUUCCUGUUGCAGCUAAGAAUGUUAAACUCACAAACGAAGUUGCUCAGGUGCGUGUUACUGUCUUUCCUGCAAAACCAGUAGCACUUUAUACAGGAGUACCUUGGUGGAUCAUCGCAGUGGCUAUUUUUGCUGGAAUACUGAUGCUUGCACUGUUGGUAUUCUUACUAUGGAAGUGUGGGUUCUUCCAGCGAUCUAGGUACGAAGACAGUGUCCCCCGAUAUCAUGCUGUAAGAAUUCGAAAAGAAGAGCGACAGAUCAAAGAUGGGAAAUACAAAGACCUUGAGACAAAACAGUGGUUCACAAAAUGGAAUGAAAACGAAAGUUAUUCUUAGGGAAAAAUACUUUUCAUCCACAAAGUUCAGACAGAGGUUAAGGUUUUCAUUAAUGGAAUACUGAUGGAGCUAUACCUAUGAACACUAUGGACAUUUACCAUUUGAUUGUAGAUAUUACUACUUCUAUUGAGGCUUUCGUUUGCACAGUUAAAAUUGCUUCAACAGACUGUAUUUGCAUUAUUUAAUUUUCAGACUGCCUCUUUCCCCCUUCACAUCUAACUCACUCACUCUUUAGAAGAUACUGUAUAGUUUGGGGUCUUCUCUGCAAACUAUGCAAAAGCGCUACAGCAGAUCUUUUCCAGUGAUCCCAACCUUUUUCCUCAGCAUGCAAGGAACACAUGGUUAAGGUCAAGACAGGUUCUCCCCUUCCCUCAAUGCAUGGGCCAUUAUAAACACACAGCGGCCUCAACACACCCUGUUCAAGUAUAAUCUGAAGACCUGCAAAUCUAGCCAUAAAACUUUUUGCCUGCUGCAGUAGUUAGGGCUUAACAAAAAGCAUCAUCUUAAAUUACAUGUGCAAUAGGUCAUGUUGCACAAUUCUUUUACAAUCAGAUUGUGUGAUUCUUGCUCACAACAAAUAUACACAGGUUUUUUUUAAAAGAGAGGCUUGAAUAUUAGAUGUACUUUUUGUAUAUAUAUAUUUUAGUCAUGUUUGUAUUUAUUUUUGUUAUAAAUCAUUGUCUUUGACUAACUGUUAGGCCAAAGACUUAACUGAACUUUCAAAUCCACUGUGUUUUUGAAUUUCAGAUUAUGAGACCUGAGGCUUUCACUGCAUUUUAAUAAGUCACUGAAGGUGCCAAUGCUUUCUAACAAUGUAAAUAUUUAUUCCAGUGACGUGUAUGGGGGCUUUUUUUUUUCCUAAUACUUGUAGCUUUAUGUAAUAGGAAUUACCAGGUCUUGUAACAUGAUUUGUAUAUUACUUCAGACUAUUUAACAGUUUGGACACCAAGCAGAAGUAGGGUUUUUAGAUACAGUUUUAUACUACAAGAAAGUGAGAGGUUCUCUGGAAUCUGCUUUCCAGCUUCGUAAGGACUUCUUGUUUGGCAAAAGGCACUGACUACUGCAACUGUUACACAGCACUUGAAGGAGGCGAUAAAUGCCCAACUUACCUUAACUGUGGGGAUCUGAGCUGAUCCACGCUGAGACUACUGAAUCGUCUGGAAUACCUGAAUGUUGAUAAAAGUAGAAUCACAAUGUUGUGUUUAUCAGUAAUCUAGUUAUUGUGUAACAUAACUGAUAAAACUAUUUAAAGAGUUUACUUUUUUACCUGUGUUCUAAAGUGUUGGUACUAUUUUAAGAACAAAGAUUUAGUUCACAGUUGUUUAUUCCAUGUGAAACAAAAUUCUGCUCUAAAAGCAUGCACGUUAAUUGCUAGUUAUUUGAACUAUGCAAAAACCUCUUGGUACUUUUUCCCCUCAUAGGGUAAAAACCUGCUAGGAGGGCAGUUGUCAAGUGUCUUAUUUUUACUACUAACUUUGAACAUACCUUCUUGGAAGGUGUGAUCACCUAAAAAGUUAUAAUUAUAGAAAGUGCAUAAUUUAAUAGACUCUUCUUCCUCCCACUAUAUCAUCUCAGUAUGAUGUGACCCUGAUUUUAUGAACACUUACACAUGUAUUUAGCUGUUACCCAGUUUCUGAGCUUUUAAAAUUCUAGCUUAUUUGCUGAAAGGCUCAGCAGCAUCUGAAUCCAGGCUAAUCAGGGGCUAAGAAGCUUGACAAGUAGCCUUGGAUUUAAAAGCAAAUUGUGGCCCUCAUCUAAGAACAUGAAUGUCGUAGCAGUGUUAAACUGAAAGUUCUUCAAAAGUCAGUCAUGGCACUGGUAUACUUUUAUCUCAGACUUUUUUUAUACCAGCUAGCAAUGCUACAUCAUUCCAUAAUUAGAAAUUACCUGUGGAUAUUUGUAUAGAAGUGUGAAAUAAAUUUUUUUUUUUUUUAAUUAAACAUUGGUUUGGUAAUAGUGAUUUCUUACUGUAAUUAACUGAGGUAGUCAUAGCUAAGUUCAUUAAAAGAGUAAGCUGAAA